CCAGACAUUCACUAGCGAUCUUACAGUCGCAUCUUCAAGGUGAUUUCAGAAGGUUCUUCUGGUCAAUAAGAGUUACUAUUAAAGUAGUCAUAUAAAAUUGAUUCAUUUUAUACCAAGUGUUGAGUUAAAAACAUUUUAUCUUAAGUUGAAUUAAUUAUUGCAAGAUGUCUUUGAAGAACCUGGUCUUCAUUUCUAUUGCUGGAAUACUCUGGUGUUGCGCGUUAGGUCUACAGAGACCACCACCAAGAUAUUCACAACAAUUUAUGCCGGAAACUUCGUUUACUUGUCGCAACAAGAUUGUGGGUAGUUACUAUGCUGAUCCUGAAGCUGACUGCCAGCUAUUUCACGUAUGCGUUUCAGUAGCUGGCCUCAUUCAAGAUUAUAAAUUUUUGUGCCCCAAUGAUACGGCAUUUGAUCAAGAAAGUCAAACUUGUGCUAACUGGUAUGAUGUCGACUGCGAAGCAGCAACACUUUAUUAUGCGAGCGACAAUUUCGACCUUUACAGAAUCGGUUCAGGUCUUGAAUCCCUUCACUACGACAUGUAUCGUAGUGAUGCAGAGCCUCAAGAUCAUCUUCAGCGCAGUGAAACUAAUGAUCCUGUUCGAUCGGCUGCCAAUAAUUACAAUCGUGUAGCUCAAAAUAAUUAUAAUAACCAAAAUAAUAAUAACAACAACAACAACAACAAAAAUAAUAAUUACAAUAGUGAUAAUUAUAAUAACCAGAAGGGUGAUAUUUUACGAGGAAGUAGCAGCAGCAAUUUUUACAACAGCAGAAAUAAUGGAAAAGAAGAAGACUAUGAUAAUGAGAAGAAUUAUGAACCAAUUGUUGAAGCUAAAAAGAAACCUGGUGUUAGAAAAGUUGCCAGAAAGCAACAGUUUUAUAACAAUAAUAAUAAUGAGAAUAAUUAUGCAUCGUCAACUACUGCUGCUCCAGUAUCUUCAACGACUCAACAUUAUAAUAAUAAUAAUAAUUAUUACAAUAGUUAUAAUAGUCGUCGUAACAAUAAUCAUAAUGAAGCAACAUCAUCAUCACCAUCAACAACAGUACGUCCCAUUGAUGACUACAAUAAACAGUUCAAUGUUAAACAUAACAUUCAAACAUCUACUCAUCGACCUUCAUCAACUGCUCAACAAACUUUUAGUACCUAUCAAGUGCCAAGUACAACUGUAAAAGCACCAGUGUUUAAUAAUAAUAAUAAUAACCAUGUUUAUGGAAAUCAAAAAAGUAACACAUUGGGAUUAAAUACUCCAACGACUGCCAAGUCAGUUACUUAUAAUCAAAAUUUCCAAUAUUCACCAAGUACACCUAGAUCAACAAGCUACAGUCAAAACUAUCAAGAUAAAUAUAAUAAUCAGGACACGCAGUUUAACCAAAAUUCACGAACUCCAUCUACCACUGUAGCACCCAGUACUAAUUAUCAGCAAACAGAUUACACUCAUUUCCAACAGAGAAAUUACAACAACAUUCAAAGAUCAACUUCUACCACUAUUUUCCCAUCAACCACAGCAGCUUAUGUUGAUAAUAAUAGCAAUAAAUUUAACAGUAAAUCAGAUGGAAUCACUUCAUCACGUACUGGUACAUCCCAGACAACGAAAUUUUAUCCAAACUAUUCAGCUAAUAAUUUUGCUCCAACUACUUACUCUCCUAUUACCACGAAAAAGAAUAAUGAUAAUAAUGGACAAUAUCGUGAUUCCAAUAUCCAAUCAUCAAAAUCUACUCAAUACUUUGAUUCUACGAAACCACCAAAAAAGAAUAAUCAAUACAAUAAUUAUGAUAACAACAACAAUUCGGGUAAAUACUUUGAAACAAGCACUGCCAACUAUGACUUUGUAAGAUCUCAAGGCAUUGGAUUCAGUCCAUCAAGUAUUAAUCUUUUAGCAGAAACUCCCAAAACAACUACUCUUGCUCCACGAAGAACCGCAGCACCAACUACUUAUAAUCCAAAUAACUUUAAUUAUCGUGGAUCACAACAAUAUUCAACCACACCUAGAGGAUCAACUUACAACAGUGGUUCAACUCGACCUUUUUCUUCUACUCCAACAUUUACAGAUGACACAACUUCGAAACCAAAGUCUACUAAAAAGAAUGACUAUGAUUAUGCCUAUUAUGAUAAUGUCGGGGCAUUAGAGUAUGAUGGUCUUGACUUGGAAAAUGUAGCUCGAAAUAAAGAAUCUUCAAAGAUAGCAAGGAAUUAGAUAAAAUUUGAAUAAUUAGUGAAAAAACUAAUAUUAAAUAAAUUGCAAAAAUUUCUUUAAUUAAAUAAAAUGUUAAAGAAAUUAUUGUGACAUGUAGUAGUUUUUUACACAGCCAAUAUUUUAUUAAGAUUAAUCUUUAAUCGAUGUUAUAUUGAUUUGAGAUAGAUGUAAAUAACAAUUGAAUAAAAAUAAAUUUUUUUGUUUUUUUUUUUUAAAUUUUCGAGUUUACAAAUGAAAUUAAAUGAAAUAUGUAUCCAAGAUAUUCAAAAGUAUUUUGUAUGUCAGUAUUUAAAAAUAGAAUAAGAUUAUUCUAUUUUCAAAUCAAUAAUGAAAUGUUGAAUUAAAAAUGAAUGAAUUAUUAUUA